GAUUAUCUAUUAUAUGCAGAAGCAUAUAUAACUGUACUCUAGAAGUGCUAAAUAACAUUCAAGAAAUAUUUGGCUACUUGGUUGAACGCCAUUUCUAUGGAAUAAAUUUUAAUCGGCAAUACUUCGAAUAAUGGAUGAUGCGGCAAUGAACUAAAUGAAAUGCAUAUCGAGAAACAUAAGUUGCGUGUAGAGAGAGCUUAAUGUAAACGCGGUCUGAGGCUAUGCUGUGCGGUUUAACAAUGUCCGUAUCGUCAUCUAAAGUAAUGUUCGUCUGGUCGCUAUUGAAUUGACAUUCAAGUGACAUUCUCAUCUAUACUCGGCAUCAGCUGCGGGUGGCAGCGACUUGGAACGCGAAGGAUUCUGGUGGAAAAUUCACUCACUCGUACAGUUUCCCUGUUGCCUUGUCGGAAGUGUUGAAAGUAAUCUUGUUUACUGCAAUUAGACGAUAGAUGAAAGAAAAUAACAAUCAAACUUAUCAGAACGCCACAAUCAACCAAAAGCAGUUCGUGUUUCAGAAAGGUGGGAAAACAAAACACUUGUGAGAAAAGAAGUCGAUCGUACACAGCUACGUACACCGUCAGGUACAUAUUGAGCCGAGCUACGAGUACCAAAAUCAUUCGACAAAAUGCGUAGCCGAAGCAAUUCCGGAGUUCGAUUGGACUAUUACCAGCGAAUCGUCCAUCGCCUAAUUAUGCGCCAUCAGCAACCGGUGACUGGAUUGUUUCCUGCAAGUCCACAAACACAGCAUGCCUGGAUACGUGACAAUGUGUACUGCAUUCUGGCGGUCUGGGGCCUAUCGAUGGCGUAUAAAAAGAUCGCUGAUCAAGACGAAGAUCGCGCUAAAGCGUACGAGCUGGAGCAGUGCUGCGUAAAGCUGAUGCGCGGAUUGUUGAUGGCGAUGAUGAACCAAAAAGAAAAGGUUGAACGUUUCAAAAUGACGCAGAAUCCACUGGAUUCGUUACACGCCAAGUACUCCAGCCGCAAUGGUCAGAUCGUGGUGGGCGACAGUGAGUGGGGACAUUUGCAGAUCGAUGCGAUUUCCCUCUAUCUACUCAUUUUGGCACAAAUGACCGCCUCUGGUCUACAGAUCGUAUUCUCACUCGAUGAGGUGGCCUUCAUACAAAACCUGGUUUUCUAUAUUGAAUCAGCCUACUGCAUCCCUGACUAUGGUAUUUGGGAGCGUGGUGACAAAUCGAACCAUGGCCAGCCAGAAUUGAACGCCAGCUCAAUCGGCAUGGCAAAGGCUGCCCUGGAGGCAAUGAAUGAACUGGAUUUGUUUGGUGCCCGCGGAGGUUCCGGUUCGGUGAUACACGUCCUUGCGGAUGAAGCGCACAAGUGUCAGGCAGUGCUUCAAUCGAUGCUACCGCGCGAAUCGAACAGCAAAGAACUGGACGCGGGACUGCUAUCGGUGGUUGGUUUCCCUGCGUUUGCAUGCGACGACCCGCAGUUGAUUGAAACGACGCAGGAGGCAAUAAUAACGCGACUGCAAGGACGGUACGGAUGCAAACGGUUCCUGCGAGAUGGCUAUAAGACGCCGAAGGAGGACAACACACGUUUGUACUACGAGCGCUGGGAGCUACGCAUGUUUGAGAAAAUCGAGUGCGAAUGGCCGUUAUUCUUCUGUUAUCUGAUAUUGAACAAGGCUUUCCAGAACGAUAAGCAAGCGGUGGCCGAAUAUUCUCGCAAGCUCGAAGAAAUACUAGUGAAGACAGAGGAGGGUAUGAAGUUGAUACCGGAAUUGUACGCCGUGCCAGAUGAAGCAGUUUCCUCCGAGUAUCAAGCACCUGGGAGCCAGCAGCGUGUAGUCGUCGGGCGUUGCCCAUUCCUAUGGGGCCAAUCACUAUACAUACUUGGUAAAUUACUGCAAGAGGGAUUUCUUGCAGUUGGUGAGCUAGACCCAUUGAAUCGUCGUCUGGGAGCUCAGAAAAAACCAGACGUCGUAGUUCAGGUCGUUAUACUGGCUGAGGAUAACGAUAUUCGCGACAAGUUGGCUGAACACGGCAUCCAGGUCCAAACAAUCUCGGAUGUAGCACCGAUCGAGGUUCAGCCAGCUCGCGUUCUCAGUCACCUCUACACUUAUCUUGGGCGAAACAAGAAACUCGGACUCUCCGGUCGCAAGUCUCGUGACGUCGGUAUUCUAAGUACAAGUAAGCUGUACUCACUGAAGGAUCGUAUCUUCGCGUUCACACCCCAGAUAUUCGACCAUGACGAGUACUAUACAUCACGCGAUCCCGCCCUGCUGGCGAGCAAUUUCACGGACAUACUUGCCUUCCUGAGCUAUAGCUGGCGCCAUCUUCUCGGUCGGCCGACAAUCACACUGAUGGCAACCCAUUGGCUUCUAGAUAACAAUAAAGUACCGCUGGCGAUGAUACAAACGAUGAAGAAGCUCAAGUCCGGCUACAUCAGCGGCACUAGGGUCAUACUUGGCAACCUCGGUGACUUCAUCAACACAUCGGCCAUCACGGACCUGAGUUUUCUCGGCAGCCAGGAAGAUGGAUAUCCCGACAAAUUGAAUCCAGCUGUUCAGGCGUACCUUGAUGAACACCUGCUGCGUUCCUUUAGCCACCGCGCGUCUACGACAUCCAUCCGGUCGUCUGGAUUGCGCCCUAAAAACCUUCGCCGCCGCAUGUCCGUUAAGGGUGCCAUCAAGAAGACCCGUUCGAUUAAUGUCGAUUCUGAAACACUCGGUAUGGAGGGUAACGUUACAGAACGACGCCUAUCGCACGUAACACCGCAGUGGCUGGAGCCAAAUCAGACUACCAUUCCCGGAGGCUCCGCUGCCGGUGCUGGCACCAUGGCCAGUGGUGGCACGUCAGCCUCCCGUGAUCCGUCACCGAACGCACAAACUAUCGUCCAGUCGCAGGCACCCCGGUUCGCCGAGCGUGUUUCGCUCGACGACGACGGCAAGAAGCUACACAUCCAAACAUCGGCCACCGCAGCCAUGCCUAAGAUACACAUUCAACCACUGCCAAGACAUCGGCCAACAACCGAAACAAACUUUGAGAACACCGAGGUGGAGGAGUUAAUAGCAAUGCUGCGAGAGACGGAAAGCCUAGAGGAGCAGGGUGACAUCCUGCAGCAUCUUGUGGAUACCCAAGGGCUUGACUUCAAUACCGAGCUGCAAACGGGUGGCGUUAAUGAAGAUUCCCCAUCUCAAGGCAUGCUCGAGGAGGGUCGUGUCGUGACGGUGCGCGGCCUGCUCAAGGGGCUGUAUGAGAAGGCAUGCCAGCAGAAAAUGUGGGGUCUGGUGCGUCAUACGGCCGGCAUGCUCGGCAAGCGCGUCGAGGACCUAGCGAAGGCGGUUACCGAUUUGCUUGUGCGGCAAAAGCAAGUUACCGUCGGAAUGCCUCCGAAUAGUGAGCACACCAUUACUGCGCCGUUGCCCGAAAUGGAACUGCGUCACGUUAUCCACGAAGCUUACGGCGACGACGAGAGUACCGCCAUGCUGUCCCAGGAGUUGCUCGUCUACCUGGCGAUGUUCAUUCGCACCGAGCCGCAGCUGUUCCAUGAGAUGCUCCGGCUGCGCGUCGGACUCAUCAUUCAGGUGAUGGCGAAGGAACUGUCGCGCACGCUGAACUGCGACGGUGAGCAGGCAUCGGAACAUCUGCUCAACCUGUCGCCGUUCGAGAUGAAGAAUCUGCUGCACCACAUUCUCAGCGGCAAGGAGUUCGCGAUCAACAGUGUCGCCCGGGGCAACAUCUCGAUCGUCAGCUGCAAGUCGAGCCGAGUCAGCAAGAAGAGCCAGAUCGGCAUCGGCGAGCCGGAAGGCGCCGAAGGGUCACUGAUCGACGACCGGCAGGGGCAGUGGUUGCGUCGCCGUCGCCUGGAUGGCGCACUCAAUCGCGUGCCGCGUGACUUUUACCCCCGAGUGUGGACGGUGCUUGAGCGGUGCGCCGGCCUGGCGAUCGAGGGCCGUGUUUUGCCGCAAAGUUUAACGCAGGAGAUGACACCGAACGAGCUUAAGUUCGCCCUGGAGGUGGAGACGGCGCUGAACACGAUCCCGCAGCCGGAGUACCGCCAGCUCGUCGUCGAAGCGCUGAUGGUGCUCACGCUUGUCACGGAGCACAACAUCCUGGCGUCGAUUGGCAACAUCAUCUACGUCGAGCACCUGGUGCACAAGGCAAACCAGCUGUUUUUGGAGGACCAGCGCAAGGUGCACGGCGAUGCGAUGCUGUGCUGUGCUAAAAACAAGGACAUCCGUGAGACAACGACCGCUGGCCUAUUGCUGUGCGGCGGUGCCGCCUACAUCUGCCAGCAUCUGUACGACAGCGCACCGAGCGGCAGUUACGGAACGAUGACGUACAUGGCCCGUGCGGUCGCGUCCGUGCUCGAAUUGCCGAAGCAGGGUGACAUGGACUGUACGAUUUCCUAAAUCGCGGCAGAUAUUGUUGAACGCAAAUGUUGAACGCAACGCUUCCUAGCAGUAGUUAAGAACUAUAAAAGUCAGAUGCGGCAACACUACCCAUGUUAUGCAAUCCAUCAAGUAGGCACUACUAACUCUCUUAUACAGUUACUCCCAAAUAUGAAGGUACAGUAUCGAUUUGCACGUUUAACCCAAAUUCUCUUGGUCAAUUCUCUUCGUAGCGGUAAAAUUCUAAAAGCAUAUGAUAGAGGAACUUGUAAUG